AUGGAUAUCCAACACCAAUUUCCUAGUGUACACUGGAUCUGGGGAGGAGGCAUCUCAUUCGUCUAUGAGAUCCAUCCUCGCAUCGUGGUCAAGGUUCCAAAGUCCGGAGAGUUUGAGAGAGAGCAAUUUCAAAAAGAAGUCAAGAUCUAUGAGAUCUUCUCGCGAUGUCCGCCCUGCCCCUAUGUGGUGCAAUGUUUCUUCUACACAGACAACGGCAUCUUCCUUGAGUACAUGAGAGAUGUGUCCCUUUCUUCCAGGAUACAAAACAAUCAUAUCCGGGACCAGCAAACCAAGAUUGUUACUGAAGUCAAAAAGUUGGAACCUCUACUCCUGCGGAAGAAAUGGAUGAACGACCUUGCUCAAGCUGUUGCUUUCCUAGAAUCGCUCAACCUUGCUCAUGGUGACCUGCGACCUGAAAAUAUUCUUCUUGAUCGUGACCGACUGAAACUGUCUGAUUUUGAUUGUACGGCAGAAAUCGGGACGGAUUUCGAAGCUUGCAUCGCCCCGUAUGGAAGAUUACUCAGUGGCAACGAGACGAGCCAAGGGCGAUGUGGAACUUCCGGCUUCUUGGGUCCUCGAACAGAGCAGUUCGCCCUCGGUUCCUUGUACUACCUGAUAAACUACGGCUUUGAGGUUUACGGAGAUCGAUGCCUUACCGAGGAUCCUAAGGAGCAUGGACCUAAAGUGGUGGACUUACUGCAAAACAUGGAAUUCCCAAACCUUGAUGGUGAUCUAAUGAUUGACAAUAUCAUUGACAGGUGUUGGCACAACAAAUAUGCCACGGUUGCGGAAUUAGCCGCACACACAAAGACGCUCCUUACUGAAGUAACCAACAGCGACAGCUGUGAUAAUGUGGAUCAAGAUCACUCGACCGAGGAUUUGUCUUUGAAGAAGGCAUUCUGUCAGGACUUGGAGAAGCGUGGACUUCUCCAGCUGCUUUCUUUAGGUGAGCCUGAGCAAAUUGGGUUCACUUUUGAGUGGUAUAGACACACCUCCUGA